AUGACAAAUCGUUUUAUCGGUAUUACAAACGAACAGAUUACGGCAUCCUCAUGGUUUUCGGCACAAACAAUGCCACAUUAUGGCCGAUUACAUAUUUCUGAAGCAUUUGAUUACGACCCUGCAAUACAGGGUGCUGGAGCAUGGGUAGCGAGAAACAAUGAUGACAAUCAAUGGAUCCAAAUUGAUUUAAGGAAGAGAACGAUAAUUACCGCUGUUGCGACACAGGGGCGAAGAGGUGCUAGAGAAUUCGUUCAAGAUUACUAUAUACUCUAUUCUGAUAUGGACAUCCCUGUACAGUGGGCAAUUGUAAAAGAUACCCUUGGUGAACCUCAGCUAUUCGAUGGCAACACAGAUGACAAUACAGUGAAAGUAGUCAACUUUAGCCGGCCAAUUGUUGCACGUUAUGUACGAUUGAACCCACAGCGAUGGCAAGGACUUAUUGCCUUGAGAAUGGAGUUGAUUGGAUGCGAAUAUCACCCAUUUACUGUUCGAUUUGAUGGCCAGUCGUGGAUUGAAAUGCUUUUGGAUCAACCUGGAAGGGAGACACAGACGGCAAUAGAUCAAAUUAAAUUUCGAUUUAGAACUCCAAAUGUCAAUGGUCUGAUAUUUUACGGUGAUGAUAGCCAGAAUGACUUCUUUGUAGUGGAAUUAUUUCGAGGUCGUCUUCAAGUCUCUCUAGGUCUGGGUGUCUAUCCGUGGUCUACAGAACGAACAGAAAACACCAUCUUAGCUGGAAGUCUUUUGGAUGAUGAAAAAUGGCAUGACGUCCUAAUCGUUAGAAGUGAAAAGAAUCUGAAUAUAUCUGUCGAUGGGGUUUCUAUUUGGAGGAAUCUGACGGCUGUCUUUAUGCACAUGGACAUGAAUAGGAGGGCAUAUAUUGGCGGUGUUCCGAGUUUUUCUAACAAGAAAAGUAUCUCUGUAGCAGAAAAUUUUGUUGGAUGUAUGGAGGAAUUCAAUUUCAACGGAGUUCAGGUGAGUGAAAUCCAGAAAAUUGAUAGUUAA